ACCGUCCUAAAAACGCAAAACCAAAAUUAACAAAAUAUACAAGAGGGCGAUUCCUUAUCCGUACGCGUUUAUCAACCAUCUUUUACGUGUUUAUUUUUUUUAUUUUCAAUUUUAAUAAAAGCAUACCUCCAUCGGAUCGAUCACUGUGCAUGGUGCCAGGCUUUAAGGUGGAUUUUCAAAAGUGUCCGUGCAAGGGAGCGAGGGUGACAGGGGGAUUGGUUGUUUUUGAUGACAGUGCUCCUAAUGGAAGUGUUCUCUUGAAGAGGAAGACAAAAUUAGGGUUGGGACAGACGUGUGGCGAAUCAUGUGGCGACUCAGGUUUACCAAACUCCUCGUCGUGUUCCUCGUGACUGGGACACUAGCGGCACUUGCACAAGGCGAGGGUGAGUACACUGGGCUUCCUAGUGGAAACGUAUUUGAUGCAUUGGCGAGUAAUGACGAGGUCAGAGGGUCGAGGAUACAAAGGGAUCUGGACGGUGAAUCUCAGGACGUCCAGUUGGGCAGCGAGAUAGACGCGACUUCUGAACGGACACUGAAUUCGGAGGAUCCUCCAGGAAGUGAUUACGAAAAAGACCAAGGUCAACCCGAGGAAAAUUCGCGAAAGCGUAUUCGCAUUCGGGUCCCCGUGGUUCGCAGUCGCAAUGGAAAGCAACAUAAGUUCACUGUAGUGAGACGUAGACCCUUGGUGCCAUAUACGAAAAAUUUGCCAGGAAAAUUCCAAGAGAUUGCGCAACACACACCGAGAAGACUCGUGGUGACGCGAGUCAAAUCUCGUGGUCCAGUUGGUCCAGUUGGCAGUGGCGAAUUUUCAGGUUUGGUAAAUGCGCACGCUGCUCUCGGCGCACGUCACAAAGUGACUGUCACUCGUAGACGAAAGAUACGUCCUACGUCAGUUCAGGAAUUUCCGAACAAGGCAAGAGUAACUAGAAAGAAGUUGGUCAACGUCAGACCAAUUGUACAGCCGACACCAACUGUGGAAAUUAUUACCACUGGUUUCUUCAGUGCACCGUCAUUGGACACUGAUAACAAUGAUUCGGACGAGUAUGAAUUGGAGGAUGAUGCCGACGAAGAGAAAAUUCACGGUGACUCCCUUUCUACUCCUAAUCUCGAAGAUACGCCUAAUAGUAUUGAAAACAAACCGGAAGAUGCUCUUGAGGAUUCGGAAGAACCUUCCAAAUUCGAAUUGGCUUUGCCGGAAGUAACUAGUUCGAACAAUGACCCGGUUAUCAUUACUGAUAACUUUUUCUUCCCGCCGUCUAACGACGACGAGGAGGUGUACGAUGAUGAUUAUCUUGACCACGAAGAAAAUCCUGUGGAAACUACGGAAUAUCAAAGGGAAAUGAAUAUUUCUAUUGAUUUGACAAAAUCAUCAGGGGACUCUGUUAAGGAUGACAAGGACGAGACGGCGUCUGAUGAUAAUCUGAAAUACGAUACCGAUCUCAGCAGUACGACCGAAAAUCUUUUAAACGUCGUAUUGACGACCGAACAAGUUAUCAAGGAUCUUGAUGACUUUUCGACGACCGUUUCGAAUCCUGUGACAACGAACGUCACUGAUGAUUCAAAUUCGACGACUAUUCGAACUGAUGAAAUGUCCUUGGAAAAGGAGACUAUUCCGAUAACCGUGACUACAGACAUUUUUUCGAAAAAUGAUUCCGACGUUAAAGAAAUUAAGGAUUCGGAUAGUUCUAUCGAAUCUGUUGAAACUAUUACUAUUAAUGCCCCUACUGAUAGUACUAUCACUGAGUCCAAUGUGGGUACUGAUAACACAAUGAUUACGACUACUGAAAAUCUGGAGGAAGAAUUGACAGUAAAACCGUUAGAAUCCGAAUUGCCUAUAGAAAUUUCCGAAAAGUCGGAAAAACCAGAACUUAGCAAAGUUUUUAAUGAAAAUUCAAAUUCGUCCAAAAUUUCGCUUGAAAAUCGAACAGUCAAUUUAAGCAAUGCUUCUGUUUUGAUUUCCGAGGAUUCAAUCGCUCCGACGGUCGUUCCCUCAUUGUUAGCCGAGACAACAACCCCGAUUCAGGAAUCAAUUGAAAUACCGACAGUUAUACCUCUCGAAUCGUCAUUUGAUAAAAAAUCUGAAAAACCGGAAAUACUGGCAUCAAAAACGAUACAACCAAUCGCCCAAUUGACAACCACAAUUACAUCACCGACACCGGAAGACAUAGAAGCCGGUUUAGCCGACGAUUUUUAUCUAUCCCUCUCCCGUCCCGAUUUUCCAAAAAUUCUCCCGUCAAAACCAAUCGAGGAAACUAGAUUCUUUAAAAAUUCCCAAAAUCCACCUGACGUCACUCCCGAGCUCAGUACGCGCGUAUACUACAGCGAGACAGUCGUGACGUCAACGAGAUUGCGAACUUACACGUACGUCGUGACGAAAUUGAACGGACUGAUGACAGAGGUGACGUCAUCGACGACAGUGAAACCAAGAGUGACGACAUUAACGUUGACGGUGCCAGUGACGAUAACAGUAACACCCAAAAUGGAACCAUCACCAAAUACCGUAUCACCUGUGUAUAAUCCAGAACCCGCUAUUGAGGUACACACGGCGGAGGAAGAGGACGAAGGUCGAAGGUUCAAUCUAGCGACGCGGAUUAUGUCCAAUGGAGUAGAGGUGAUUGUGGCUGGACCAACGCCGGCAUUGAGGUGGGAAAAUUCAAAUCCGCAACCAACCCUUACGUUAUCGGAUGCUGUUAUGAUGCUCCUCCCACAAGAUAACCCACACGAAUUCGUCACCAAGACGUGCACUACGGUCUUUACGUAUCUGAACACGAUCACCAAGGACGGCAAGACUAUCAUAUCCACCGAUCAACAGGUGGUUGCCAACACUGCUACCGAGGAACGUCACAGGAAACCUGUGUCCGAGACGGCUGGCGUCACGCUGGAAGGAUCACCUACGUUGAGGACUGAAGUAUUUAAAACGACCUAUACUUACUUGACCUUGAACACUGAUUAUCCAGACGUGGAUAACGCUUUGGAGAGUAGCGUCAGAGUAAUAGCCAAUACCAUGACAGCACCGCAACACUAUUUGGAUAUGAUUCUGGAACCUUCGGAAGCACCCAGACCGGAAACUAAUACUUACCUAAGUACGAGAUUAUUGGAAAAGACUUUCAUGGAGGAUGGUAGGACCAAGAUUAAACCCAUUAAUGACGUUAUUACUCAGUUGAUAAUUACCGAGUCUGUUCCACCGCCAAAACCCACUAGAGUCGCGAUGACACUGACAGCUUUGGACAACAUCGAAGUUUUCAUGUCUUCUGACAUUGUCACAGAAAAGUUGCCAUCGAAGAAGAGUACUACGAAGAUCGUCCCGGUGUUUCCGACUCCUGAACCGAUUCAGAUUUUUGCGACAAAGACUUACCUAACGACCUUCACUUACUUCACGACCUUACUUCAGGCUGGUCCUGAUGGUGAUACCUUGACGACGGUGUCGUCCAGGUCACAUAUAGUAGAAAAUGUGGUAACUGAGUCCAUAGCUCCAAAUUUAUUGGAUCCUGGAUAUAUGAAUGCAUUAUUGACAACUGCUCAUCAUUCCGACACUGUGAAAAAUGUUGUCACUGGAUCAACUAUAAUUUUCUUUGAUGAGGAGGAUCAGAUUGACCCGACGCUCUCGACGAAAGGUCACGAGGCCACUCUUAGUAUAGAACCGGAAAAGGUCGACAAGAAACCAGAAGCUACUGUUGUUAGUUCCACGGAUAAGACACCACUUGUUAUGAAUGCCGCCACUGUACAGAAUGCACAGACUAAUUUAAUGAAUCAGGGUGGUAAUAACACUAAAGAGACGGACGAUUCGAAUCCAGUAAAGAAGCCUUCGAAUUCACAAAGUAGUAGUGAUCUUCAAGUGAGCAAUCUGUUGAGCCUUGGAUCAUUGGGGAUCAAUGGUUUAUCAGCUCUUGGACCAGUGAUCACGGCAAUGGCCGGUUUGUUGCAAGGAAAGACUUCAGCCACACGCAGAAACGACAGCAUUACGCCCAACGAGCCACAGGAAGUCACUACGCAGAGAUCGCCAAUUUAUAUUCCGGUUGCUGAAUUUGCUGAUGGAGAUAUUGACACGGCUGAAAGUCAAAAUAUUGGUACCCACUUAGCAAAUCUAAAUCACAACUAUCUCCCGGAAACACGACAUAAGGUAGCAGCUAGUCUGGCUGAUGGAAUUCCAAUUUCUCCAGGUGAGGUGAUAACGGCGAAUAGUGACGUCAUAAUUGGGAAACCAGGAAAACUGGCGCCCAGACCUCCACAUACAUUCUUAAAGGGUGAAGAGAAUAUUGGUAUGAAACCACCUCCGAUGCCAGUUCCAAAUAUUCCUGUACACCCUGUACAUGAAGUUAUACAAGAUCAUGAAGAUUCUCAGGCUCAGCAGACAACUCAGGGAUCUAAUGGGCAUCAAAUUCAAAUUCUCCCAGCGCAUCAGAUUUACGAGGAACAUUUAAAAGUUCCAGCUUCUCUACCAGUGUCGUCCAACUCUAAUAUACAGUUGGUACCUAAACACCCGCAAAAACUACAUCUGAUUCAAUCCCAUCAUCCAAAACGAGCAGGAUCAAAGCAUGAUAUCAUGCAGAAUGAUCCUUUAUUGAAGCCGCCUAGUAGACCAAACGUGGAGCAAUAUGCGAAUCCCAAUGUAAACACUCAUGAGCCCAAUUGGAGUCCUGAAAAAUAUCGUCGUCCUUGGAGCGCCAAGGAUCCUUUAAACUUGCCGCAGGAUUGGCGAGAGAAUGAGGCAAAUGAUCCUUCGAGAUUCGAUGAUGUGCAAUCCGAUCAUUUGGCAAAGAUCAAUCGUUGGCCAAAACCAGAAGUGUCGCAAGAUCAGAAGCGUCCGCCAUGGGCUCAGAAAGAUCCAUUACUUCCGGAUACCACCGUUGUCAUCGAGAAUUCAGAAUCGAAACCUAAACUGCCAGAACCAAUAAUUCAUCAAGUACCUCACGUUAUCGAUAGACCAACUGGUCAGCCAUUAUUAGUGAAUAUUCAACCAAGUCAGGUUGCCAAUGUGGUUAUUCCGCAAGGCGGUACUCAAGCUCUGAUCUUUGGUGACACCAGCGAACCUCAUAUUACAGGGCAGUACUUUGAUGAUCCGUCACCUUAUCCUGAACCUGAAGUGGGUCCAGGAUUCGUUGGUAUCGAGAAGGUUGAAGAUCUACCGCAAUUUUCUACUGGGAAUGAUCCAGCUGAUUAUAUGGUGCCGCCAUCACCGCCUUCGAACUUCAAACAAUUACCUCCAAAAAGUUCAGCUAACCAGCCACAUACUAUUCCACUGUCACAUUCUCAAAGUCCCUUUGUGAGACCUCAAACAAAAUCGGAAGUACCGUUGUUGAGACCUGAAAGGCCCGAAGUUCAUUUCAUUCAGAGACCUGAAGGUCCUGGCAUGUCCAGUGGACAAGGACACGUGCAUACGGAAAUCCUGGUUCAUCACAGACCGGAAACUGUGAACAUCAGACCUCAGGCAGCCCCACAUGCACCUAUACAAUCUCACGUAAAUCCAGCUCAUCAAUUACCUCCACGACGAGAUUAUCCUAAGCCCCAAAGGCCAUCAGAACCAUCACCACCUAGAAGAACUGAUGUCCCAAUUGCAACGGAAAUUCCACACCAAUAUAUAUUCCUAGGAAAGCCAACCGAUUCCGGAAAUGAAGUACCUCUAAAUUCAAAUUGGAAAUCUGACAAGAAACCAUCGAGAAUAAAUCCGGGAUCACGGCCAAGACCUGCAACGAGACCUAGACCACCAAUAAGGACAAAUACGAAUUUCCACAGUCACGUUCUUUAUCCCGAUAGACCCGCGGGUCAUUCAGGAAGGAAACCGCAGUAUCCAGCUAUUCACAGACAACCAAUAAAACCACAAUUCAAUUUUACUCCACCAAAUUGGUCACAACCAAAUCCUCAGAAACAGGAACCAUCGAUACAAGUACCAAACUUAUCUUAUGAUACGAACGUCAAUAUUCACGAAUCAUCUUCCCAGUAUAGUCAGCAUUCCCAGAUUGACCUUCAAAACAGGCCUCUUCAUUUUUAUAACAAUAGACCUAAUAUGGAUAGUUCAGGAAUUACAGUAUCUCAGGAAGAACCGCCUGCGGACUACGUGCCAACCGGAGCCGUUGAGUAUCACAACCCUUCAUCUGAUCCUAAAGUGAAACCUGAAGACACUCAAUACUAUCCUCAAGUAUCAACGAUAAAACCGGAAGUUCAGAGCUUUGGAGAGAUACUACAACAGCCUGAAAAAGAUCCUGCUGUAUGGCAGAUCAACACGCAGACUGAGAAGGUCUUAGAAGACUCUGAAAGUAGUGGUUCUGAAAAUGUAAAGGUUCAUGAUCAUCCGCAAGAUCAGGAUGGUAAAAACAAGGAUCAGAUACACAAAUAUGACAAGGAUGACAUAAUUACUGUUGGCGAAUUCAAUCAGUCUGAUAAUAAUGUCACUGUACAAAUGAAGAAUCCUUAUGAUACAGUUGGUUCAGUCAAUACAGUAGUUGGUAAGCCUUUGGACAUAGAGCAAGGUAUUACAUAUGGUCAGAAAGAUCAGGCACCAGUUGAUGUGAACCAAAGCGUACAGUUUGGACAUCAGAAUGGGGAAGGAUCAGUGAUACAGGGAGUUCCAUUUAUGCAUGAUUAUUAUACUAUCAGACCAUAUGAGACUCCCAUUGUUCAGGGUAAACCAUUUGGAGUUUACAAUGGUUAUAGCAAUAUAGCCAGACCUUAUGGACAUAAUCAGAAAGGCUCGAGACCUGAUUACGAGAUAGUACAGGGCGUUCCAUUUGGAUAUCAAGCAGGACAGAAACCAACAGUGGUUCAUCAGAAUAAUCAGAUGGGUCAUGUUUCUACGCAAAAACCAUACGAGAGGGAUGACACCAUAGAUCUUAAACCUCCUGCGAUAAUUUCACAAUAUAGCCCUGAAUCUGGGAGACCUAGCAGACCUUAUUCCAGACCUCAGAAUAGACCUGACUCGAGACCGACUGUUUACUGGAGACCUGAAAUAAUCACAAAACCUCCGAAUAAGUUUGAUAUAAGACCAGAUCACGUGCCUGGACGUCUUGAUCUGUCUGUGAACCGACCUGGACACGUAGAGGCUAGACCUAGACCUGAUUCAGAACUCAUUUUCAGACCUGAUUUCAGCUCGGAACACACAAAUGAAUCUUACGAUAGUAAGAAUCAAGAUCAUUCAAGAAAUCAAACUAUUUUGCAUGCCAAUCACGGAUCGAUAUCACAGGCUGAUACGGCUUCGAAACCAGAAGAAGAAAGUCGAUUCCCCACUCGUAUCGACCAGGGAACUCAAAUCCAUCCAGAGUAUCCUCACAUUCUCACAAAGCCAAGACCUCAAAUUCCAGUUCCAAUAACCAUCUCUUCUGGUCCUACGAAGACGGAUAAUAAUGGCCGACCUAAAAUUCAAUUCUCUUUACCAGUUGAAGCAACUGGGGAUGAGGAGGAUAGUAAAACACAAACUGAGAGACCACCUAGUAUGUUGGUAACUAAAAAUAUACAGAACAAUAAACAAAAUGAUGAAACGUUAGAAACUGCUUAUCAGACCAAUUUCGCAACAUCUGACGUCGAGGAUGAUCUUACUGACGAUGAGGAGGAGGCGCCUCAAUCACAUUCUGGUAAGGAUCGUGAACAAGAAUCUGGCAUGAAGAUCCAUCAGGCCAAACUACCUUCACAGGAUAUGAUGCCUCCGCCAUUGAGGGCCCAGGUCAAUGUGAACAGUCAACACAAAAAUGAAGCAACAGAAGAAGGCCUAAAACCACCUCCCCUACCUUCCGACGUCUUGGGACUCUCUCCUCCACCAGUAACCAUAACCACAACCAACAGACCCAUCGACGAUGACUUCCCGUUCGUCGAAGAAAACCAAUCCGGGUUGAGACCACCUCCAAAGUAUGAUCCUUCGAAGGAUUCAAACGGAAUCGGCACUCCUCCAUCUCCAGAUGUAAGCAUGGUGCCACCAAGUCCACGACCAACAAUGGCCAGACCAUUCUUGGUUGAGCUUCUAUCGGAGGAUAUGGUACCACCUCCUCCUAUUUUGGAGACUUCACGUCCGUUGGAGGUCGCCACUGUCAGACCAGCAGUUGCUGUUUCCGGUUCGAUUCAAAUAGCAACCGCUGUCGCAACAUCACAUAUUCCUGUUAUACAAGACAUGGAAUCCAAGAUUCCUAUAAUUCACGGAACCGUCGACCUUCCGGUAGUUGUUGAUGUACCAGCAAUUUUACGACCUGUUGAAACUAAGAUGACAGAACACGUUAGCAUCUACACGGUAAAACCAUUUGAGAGCAGACCAGUUUCCAGAGUGUCAGUUCAGCCUACGGCAAUUCUAACGACCAAUCUGAUAAUGCCGACGAAAUUACGACCACCCCUAAUUGAUCAGAUCGAACCAAGUAGAUCCUUGACUACUCCGGCAAUGAUUCAACCAACAAGAUCAGUCACUGCCGAGAUUUUGAAUAAACCAAGCAAGCGACCUGAUCGUCCAGUAUUUUUGGAAGCUAGCAAGGAAAAUAUUGCACCGAGUCGUAUAGAGCCUACCGAGUCAUUAACUUAUAUCGUGGGUACUGAUCAGAAUAAGAAGCAUCAGUCGACCAAGAUGGAUAAAGAGGACGUGACGAAUAUCCAAGAAGUACAGAUGACAAAUUCUUUGAGAAACAUCACCAAAAAUAAUGAUCGUGAUAUUCCUAACGUCGUGACGCGAAUUGAUAGCUCCGUAAGAAAAGUAACGAACACUUUAGUACCGAAGCAGGAUCAUCCACAUGUCAACGAUACCAUGAUUAAGGUUACCAAGGACAUCGUGGGAACUGUCAUUCAUGAAGUUGUCAAGGAUGGCUCGACAGCCACUAUGGAAAUGAAGCCUAAAGAGGUAACGAGGUACAAGACUUUGACAGUAACAAGAACAGAAACAUCAGUCUUGGGAUCACCGCCGACAACCAGAACGUUGCUACUGACUCAUACAAUAACAUCCACCAUAGUGGAAACAGUGACGGAGACUCUGCUAAGACCUACCAGCGUUGUGGCGACAGUGACGUCAACGGUUCUGCAUUCGGUGACCAGGAUUCCUUCCUCCUACGAGAACGUAGUUGAUAACGAUUCCAUUUUUGUGGUAAUGAGCGAUCAGAACCCACCUGAACCAGGUGCUGAGGAGGUGGAAGCUGAAUAUGGAGAAGAAGAAGUCUCCAGAGAUGAACAAGAUCCAGCAGGAAACGAGAUCCAUCGUGUCCUGGCAGGAGGAAUCCUUGGAGCUCCUGUCAUUCCUUUGCAGCCUGCGUCCAAUCAAUGCGUCCCAGAGUGUCGAGCAUCCAAAGCGGAAAUUUGCGCUGAGGUCGGAGCAGAAAUGAGGUGCGUCUGUCGUCCAGGAUUCGCUAGGAUGUUCCCGGAUCGUCCUUGUAAACCAACCUAUACAUACACCGUUCGAGUUGGUCUGGAUCGCAUAGGUCGCGAUCCUGUGAUCUAUGAACCUGCGCUGAAUCAUUCGAGUUCAGAAGUGUACAGACGCUUGGCUGGACCCACUAAAGAAGCUCUAGAUAGGACUUUAAUGCAGAGUGACCUCAGAGACAUAUACAGAGGUCUGAAUAUUGCUGGAUUUAAUGGUGAUCCAACUGCCGUCGAGUUCCAUGUUCAAUUGAGCGACAAUGCAAAUGAGACCAGGCUGAAGGAUGUUCUCCGGAAGUACUUGGUGGGCAGCAAUUACAGUCUAGGUGGAACUGAAGUCUACGCGGCGAGAGAUCUGGACCUGAUCGAUGCUAGGGACUUUGAUGAAUGUGCGACCGAAGAAGGUGGACCGCACCAUGACUGUUCACAAAAUGCAGCAUGUUUCAAUCUGCGAGGAUCUUAUCAGUGUUCCUGUCGCGAAGGAUGGGCUGAUCUCUCAGAAAAUCCUGCUUAUCCUGGAAGAGUCUGUUCUCAGGCUCCCCUGGGGUGUCCUGCUUGCAACUACAAGGGUCACUGCGUGACGAACACAAACGGUCAGCAGGUUUGCGAAUGCUUCCCAUGGCAUAAUGGACAACGUUGUCAAGUCAAUUUGAAAGUUCUACUUAUAGCUCUGGCGACUACUGGAGCAAUUCUUUUGGGUCUUCUGGCCGUUUGCGUGGGUCUUGCUUGUUUCCGAAAACCAGGAGGAAAGACCAAGUCUGGUGACAGACGUGCGAUGAUCCCAGGACCUGGUGGCGAUACGAGCAGCGAGGGUAGCGUAACGGAUCUAGCGAUUCCACAUCACGUGCCGCAUGUUUUACCUCCUCCACCCCAGAUGGUAGCACCAGCACCACCUAUAAAGAAACCAGUUAGAAAGAUCAGUGCGAAACCACGACAUCCUCCCAGAAAACCUGCAGCUCCCGUUCCAGUUUCCGCGAAUGAUGAUCAACGCGACCGUUCCCUAACUGUGAUGAUCCCACGCGCAAAGUAUCGCUCGGCGCCGCAGUCACCACAAAAUUAUAAACCAGUAAUGAGUACCUUCGCAGCCGAUGAACACAAAUUAAUCAGCUACCUGGAAGGUGGAUCGCAUCCAGGAAAUCGAAAAGUCAGUAUAACCAGCAACAAGGAUUACAAGGAAGCAGAGCUUCAAAUUGUACGGGCUCCAGUGGCGCCUGGUGGUGCCCUAGUGAGUGCGGGUUUCCAGGUGUCAGCAACGGUAACUAGAACUCUUGACGUAGAAUCAACCCUGGCUAGAUCUUGUGGUGAGACAACAGUAGAACCAGCCACCAAGAUCCUACGGACUUCUGAUCUACCUUUAGAUCAUGGAUCAACGUUGGCUAGAUCAUGUGGGGAAACGACCAUUCAAGCACCGACGAAACUACUUCGUCUGGAUCUUGGAGAAGCAGGCUCGACUUUGGCCAGAUCCUGCGGCGAAACAACGGUCCAGCCUCCUACGAAGGUGGCGGCCAAUCGCAGGAGUAGUAUGAAGGACGUAAGGGAUGCUAGGGAUACUCGAGACAGUAGGGAUACCAGGGAUACUGCCAGUGACGGACAUACAAUGGCUGAAAGGGAUCUUGGUAGUACUUUGAGACUUCCGGCCCAGCAUCCGCCUUUAUACAAUCCAGACAGAGCCAGCGAUAGAGAAUCGAAUUUCGAUUCUCUUUAGGAGUAUGUCCAUCAGAUGCUAAAAUGGGAACGGUGACCGGAACCGGAACCAGGGCGCUGGAAGCCGCUGGAAGGUGCUGGCAGUGCGAACGCAGUUUCCCAACACUACGCAAAUUCGUUGUUGCCAAAUAAUAAUUAAAUGAAGAAAAUCAUAAUAGAUUUAUAGAUGUAUCGACAUUUAUAUCAAAUUAAUUCAUCGAAUACGACGGUUCGUGAAAGAUCCAAAGAUUUUUUUUAACGAACCGCCGUACUGGUAUUAAUAUACCAGGAACGGAUGAGUCAAUCUAACCGGAUUAACAUUAUUUAUUUAUAAUCAUAUACACGUAUACACAUAUACACAUGUUUCUCUUCCUUUUACUCCAUUCGACAAAACUGAACAUCUUGAGUAUCCAAAGUCCGUCCAAUCAAAGGAUCCGUAAUUUUCUAAAAAUGUCGGAUUCUUUUUUUAACAUCGUUUUUUUACCCCAUAAUUAACUUCGUGCCAAAAUGUAACCAAUGAGAAAGUUUUCCGAGGUGCCAAGCUACCUCCUUCCUCCAUACCCUCUAUACCUCUUAUGCUAUAUAAAUAUAUUUUUCAUUUGCCUCCCAAAAUGUCUUCGAAAUGGGAAAAAGGAAGACUUUUUAAAGCCCGAAGAGGCGAGCAUUAAAGAAAACUUCGGAAAAGUAAAAUCGACGAAAACUACUAUCUUAUGUAACUAAUAAGAAACGCAUUACGAUAACGCCAGAAAUCGUCAUGCAAUACGGUUACAAAAAAAAAUGUGGCUUCCAUUAUUAUUGUUGUUGUUGUUUGUUUGUUUAGUCUAUUUGUUACGGGUCCAUGUCUACGUUGCCCGGCUUCGUCGCAAUACCAAAUUUCUCACAGAAUUGAAAAAAGGCCUCUCUUUCUCUCUCUACACCUUUUUUCUUGCGUUUCUAUGUAUAUCUUUUGGGAAUUCCCUCUACAUCCAUAUUGUACAAUUUACUUCUAUCACUUUUUUUUAUAUUUUGGGACGGAGCCGUCCAACGUCGCGAGAACAGACUCGAGAGGCGAGCGAGCAAAGAUUCGUUACGUAGAUGUAAUCGUAAUUAAUUAUAACGUAAUUAACUGUUACGCAAUGUAUAACGCACAAGGACAGAAAUCUCUUAAAUUUUAACGAGGAUUAUUGUUUUCUUUGGUUAUUUUUGCAUUAUUAAGAGUAUAUCUUGACUAAAACAAAAAAAUUCUCGCGAUGCUCUGCCAACAAAGGAGUCAUUGAGAACGAGAAGAAGUGGACGAAGAAAAAAAACAUUAGUAUCAAUCUGUACUAAAUUGUUCUUUAUGUCCAAAUGAAAUUGGUACCUACCUUAUAGUAUAUAUAUACACGAAAAUAUAUAUAUCUAUCAUUCUGUUGUACAUACUGCCUCCAUAAACUCUCUACGUUAAUACUAUUGUAUUUUUGUAUACUUUUAGCAUCUGUAUACUUAUGUAUGUACUUUUAAUAAAACUAAAUAAUA